UCAAUUUACCGAUAGUUGAAUGAAACUGGCAAACGAUAAUUAUUAUUUUAAAUUUUUGUGUGUUUGACAAUUUAGUUUUCUACCUAUAUCAAGUUAUUUAUCAAAUUUCCAAUUAGUUAUUUUCGGAAUCAAGUAUGCUUCAAAUUAGCAGAAACAGAUCUACAAAAAUAAUCUAAGAAAAUGGAUGGAGAACCAGAGGGAUUAUCGGAUACGGCGACCAAUUGCAAUUUGGCGUCCGCCACAGAAUCACUUUCUGACAAACAUCAGGCCAAAUUGGAUUCAUUAGAAAAAAAGGCGGUACACUUAAGGUUGGUUCUUGAAAAAGAUUUCAAGGCUGCUGAUAUAAAAUGGAGCUUGUUUGUAGCAGCUGCAUUUAGUUUUAGAUAUGAAAGUUGCCUCAGACCGUUUCCUCCUGCUUACUUAAAAAAUGGAAUCAAAGAUAUGGACACUUUACUUAGUGUUGUGACUGAUGUACCAGCUUUGGACCUAGUCUUGCAACAGUUAGACAAUCUGGAGAAUUUGACACAAAUAAGUGACAUAGUGGACUUGCUCUUUUAUGUACUUGUACGAUUGAAAGAACCAAGUUUAAAAACAGUUCCAACCGAAAUUCAUGACUCUUUAAUUGAAAAUCUUAAUUUCGGAAGAAAUGCACCAAAACCGCAACAUAUUUUCCAAGUAAAUUACUCAUUCAAAUCAACUACCGAAGCUAAAUGGAAAGAACUGUCAAAAAAUCAUCAUAUAUUUUUCGCAUUCCACGGAAAUCGCUUGGAAAAUUUUUAUACUAUUCUCCAUUUUGGUUUGCAACAACAUUUGAACAAGAAUACGUUGCUGGGAAAUGGCGUUCACUUGUUGCCUGAGGUGAAUACGACAAUGCCGUUCAGUCAUGGUGGAUUCGGAUGGGGCGCAAGCUGCAUCGGAGGGCACCUGUCUUGCAUCGCUAUGUGUGAAGUUAUUGAUGCUCCCGAGGGAAUCAACUAUCAAAAACCUGUGUCUAAUGAAGGCGAUGGUGUAUACGACGACUUGAAAAGUAAGCAUGUUGACAAUGUAUAUGACGCUGCUGCACUAGCACAAUACAUAGUGACGAAUUGCGACUUGGUUAGAAUCCGCUAUCUCCUGGUGUACGCCAAACAACCAACAUCUAUGCGGUUCCCCACUGCAAGCACGAAUAGAAACGCUGGUGGUUUUCGUCAAUGGCUUUCCAGGCAUAAAUUAUUUUCAAUAUUGCUUGGCUACGGACUCAUGCUAGCAACUAUUGGUUUUGCUAAUAAUCAACCUAUUCAGUAUUAUUAUAAAUUUCUAUUGAAAAAACUGGAUAUAGCAUAUAGUAACGUAAAAGUGUGAAAGUUAUUUAUCUGCCUAUGAUAAAAAAACACAUCAAGCAUGCAAUAGGUAUCUUUUCUGUGAAUUAAGUAAUAUUUUAGUGUAAUUACUUUUUAAUAUAUGAUAUAUUUUGUAAAAUUAAAGUUUGUAUGUUUUAUAAAUAUUUUAUUACACA